GUGCAGCGAAGCGUUAGAAGUUCGGUGUUUUUCUGGCAAAGAAGAUGCUGAUUAGGAUGUUCGUGGGUAAUAUAAUUUUGAGCGUCCUUCUUUUGGCUGGUGUAAGCCUUUGCACAGCUGAAGAAGAUGGAUACGAUUAUUCCAAGCCAUUGGUUGGCUUUAGUGAUGGACUUAAUUCUUUUGGAUCGCAGACUAUCUACACCAAACCAAAAGAAUAUAUAGUUGCAGCUACUACACCUAAACCUGCAGCAGUUUAUACUGUUAAGCCACAAACAAGUAUUAACCAAGGAUUUGGUCAAUACAAAGCACCAAUUGUGACCAAACCUCAAACUUCGUAUGGAGGAUCGUCAUCAUUUGCACAGUCUUCGACUAGUUUCAGUCGACCAGUUUCAUAUGGCCAAGGAUUCGGUCAAUCUUCAUUUACAUCUGGAUCUGGCCAAUACGUAUCGGGACAGUAUAAGACUCCAGUUGUCACAUCUAAGCCCCAAACCAACUUUGGUGCCUACCAGGGAUUCGGACAGUCUGUUUCAACACUCGGAUCAGGCCAAUAUAAGGCUCCAGUUGUUUCGGUGACAUCUAAGCCUCAAACCAACUUUGGUGCCUACCAAGGAUUCGGACAAUCUGUUUCAACACUCGGAUCCGGCCAAUACAAGGCUCCAGUUGUUUCAGUGACUUCAAAACCCCAAACCUCAUUUGGUUCAUUCCAAGGCUUUGGUCAGUCAAACAUUAACCAAGGACAAUAUCAGUCUUCGAUUGCAACUAAAUUUAAGCCAUCGUUCGGUGGUUUCCAAUCCUACAAGCCUCAGGUGUCCGUUGUAAAACCAACUUACGUUCAACCCAUCACCGUUCGACCAAUUUCGGUAAAGCCGGUCACCCUUCAACCAGUUUCUUAUCAAACUGUUAAGCCAAUCAUCGCUAAACCAAUCUAUGCUAAGCCCAUCGUCGUUAAACCAGUUACUGUGCAACCCGUUGUUGCUCAACCAAUUCCUGUUCAACCGGUCCAGGUUUCUCAAGCAGUUUUAUUAAAGCCGCAAUCUGUGAAACCACUAUCAGGUUUCGGUUCCUUCCAAGGUCUUGGAUUCUCUAAGCCUUUUGGUGGAUUUGGCAACAAAAUUAACCAACAGCCAUUGAAGACUGUUAGUGUUGCUACCUCAAAGAUAGGUCAAUACCAAAAUGCACAAUACCAAGCUCCAUCUACUGGUUAUACCCAAACUACUUCAACAUUCUCCCAGAAACCACUUACAUCAUUUACUAACAUUGGUCCAUCAUACUUGCCACCAAGUAAGCCACUAUCAGCUAUCACAGUUCAGCCAACUUUGAAGCCUGCUGUUGUUCAAUACAACAUCCAAGGUUCUUCAUCCACUGUUGCCCCUGCAGUUCUGACAGUUACAUCAACUCCCAGACCCGCAGUUAUUACAGCUAAGCCACAGACAAGUUUCAAUACAUUCCAAGGCUUUGGUCAAACUAUUUCAAAGCCUGCCGUUGUUCAAUAUCAGAAACCAAUUGUUGUUACUACCGCUAAGCCAGUCUACAAGCAGCCAGUUGUUCAAUAUCAGAAGCCUUUGGUAUCAGCUCCCAUCAAAACUCAAACUUUCCAAAGUUUUGGACAGACAUCUUACCAGAAGCCAGCAGUGAGUCAAACUUAUUUCACACAAAGUUCAACAGCCAAACCUGGUCUAUCUUACCUGCCACCAAAGGCAGAAGUCUCACUAUUGCAACCAACUUCAGAGAGGUAUACAAGCACUCCAACAACAAUCAAACCAAUAAUUGUGACUUCUAAGCCAGCUGUCAGUACUUUAAAUACUUAUGGUCAACAAUCAGCGGCACAAUACUCGGUUAAGCCUUUGGCUAUUACACCUAAGCCACAAGUUUCUGUAAGUAGUUUCGCACAGUCAGUUUAUCAGAAGCCUGCAAUCAGUACUGUAAACACUUACGGUCAACAAUCCGCUAUUAAGUACACAAACACUCCGACUACAUUUAAACCAAUAACUAAGCCACAAACUGCUUUCAGUGGAUUCGGGCAGUCAAUUUACCAAAAGCCAGCAAUUAGUACUUUCAACACUUAUGGCCAACAAUCUGCCAUAAAGUACACAAACACUCCAACAACAUUCAAACCCAUCACUGUUACUACUAAGCCUCAAACAGCUUACAAUACUUUUGGACAACAAACAGCUAUCAAGUACACUAACACUCCACAAACCGCUUUUAGUGGUUAUGGACAAUCAGUGUACCAAAAACCCGCAAUCAGUACUUUCAACACUUAUGGUCAACAAUCUGCCAUUAAGUACACUAACACUCCAACCACAUCUAAGCCUUUAACUGUAACUGCUAAGCCUCAAACAGCUUUCAGCGGUUACGGACAAUCAGUGUACCAAAAGCCCGCAAUCAGUACUUUCAACACUUACGGCCAACAGUCUGCUAUUAAGUACACAAGUGCACCAACAACAUUGAAGCCCAUCAUCUCCGUCACUGCUAAGCCUCAAACAGCUUUCAGUGGCUACAAACAAUCAGUGUACCAAAAGCCCGCAAUCAGUACUUUCAACACUUACGGCCAACAGUCUGCUAUUAAGUACACAAAUACACCAACAACCUUGAAGCCAAUCAUCACUGUUACUGCUAAGCCCCAAACAGCUUUCAGUGGCUACGGACAAUCAGUGUACCAAAAGCCCGCAAUCAGUACUUUCAACACUUACGGCCAACAGUCCGCCAUUAAGUACACAAGUACACCAACAACAUUGAAGCCCAUAAUCUCUGUCACUGCUAAGCCUCAAACAGCUUUCAGUGGCUACGGACAAUCAGUGUACCAAAAGCCCGCAAUCAGUACUUUCAACACUUACGGCCAACAGUCCGCCAUUAAGUACACAAGUACACCAACAACCUUAAAACCUAUUAUCACUGUUACUGCUAAACCUCAGACAGCUUUCACUGGUUUUGAACAAUCAGUGUACCAAAAGCCCGCAAUCAGUACUUUGAGCACUUAUGGACAACAGUCCGCCAUAAAGUACACCAAUACUCCAACAACAGUGAAGCCUUUAGCAGUCUACCAGGCACCUAUAAUCGUUUCAACAACAGCGAAGCCCCAAGAAUAUAUUGUCUCCUCAACUUUGGCCCCCAGUAGUAUUACGCUUUCACCUGACAGUCUAACAUAUCUUCCUCCAAAAGGAGCCGAAUUACCCCUGAAUGCAGCAUCUGCCUCAGGAGCCGUGUCGGAGUCGUUUUUUGAGUUUCCAUCGGCUACUGCCAACCAAGUAGUCGAUGUAGCUCAAGAGCAGAAGGUUGGAGGAUUUGGGGAAUUGUCAACAAUUAGAAACCAAAGAUCCAGCUCUGAAGCUCAAGAGCAGAAGGUUGAAGGAAUAGAUUUAAGGUCAAACAAGCUUACAGAAACGAACAAUGGACAAGAAGAAGAAGAAGAAAUUUCCAGCGGAAACAUUGAUAAAGUUGAUUCAUCAUCGGCACCUGCUCACCACAGGACAACAAGAGAUACAUAUUCGAGUCAAGGCUAUCAAGAUGAGUACACUCCUCCAAUAGGAUAUCUUUCCUAUCAAGGUAAUCCAAUAACAUCACAACAGUUCGGAGGAGUCCAACCGAAUUCGUAUCAGGGAAUUCCCUAUCAACAAAUCGUCCAGGCUCAAACAAGUCUGGGGUUAGAAGGUCAACAAACCUUUGCUCCUCAACAAAGCUUCCAAGAUGGUCAAUAUCAGGGUUCAAACAAUGGAUAUGGCAUCCAAAAUCAGGAUCCAUACAACUUUGAGGGUCAAUAUGGCUACAUUUCAUCCGUUGAGGACCAACAACAACAAAUACCACAGCAAAACUAUGAAGCAGCUGCUUCCUACACGGAUACGGUCAAUACACAAAUCCCAGAUGAUUCGUCAGUACAAGAUCCCAAGCCGUUGAACAGAGAAGAGCAACAAGCCCGUCAGGUCGAAGAAAAGCCCGAAAAUAAUUUUCAAAACUUGCAACCUGGCAGCUACAUAGGUCCCCAUGUCAAUAAGAAUUCUGAUCAAGAAUAUAACGUCUUCGAUUAUGACCAAUUUAGUACGAAUCCAGAAGAUGCCGAUACUGAUGCCGAUGUUUAAGCUGAAUUUAGUCUGAUUUUCAUUAUGUAGAUAUGAGUAUAUAGGAAUUUAUUUUUAAGAGUUACACGCGAUUAAGUCGCAAAAUAAAACGAACAAGAAAACUUUA